UACUGUAUACUCGACGUUGUAAAUACUCAUACGUCUGAAGUUAGAUCAGCUCGACCGGUCUCCUGGCAGUCGCAGCGAUGCCAGGCGCGUUACGCGGUGCGUGGAGAUUAGUCGCAAGUCGGUGCCUGACUUCAGACGGAACGGUAUAGAUCGUGACUCGUGCUCGUGGCUCGUGGCUCGCUCCGCUCCAUCCGCUCUUCGCUCGUGCUUGUCGUGCGGCACAUGGUGAUGGUGAUAGAAUGGCUUCGUCUGUGCCCUGCAUAGCUGUGAGAGGGUCUAAUGGUAUUAAUCUGGCUUUUGGCCCACCAUCUUAUGAAUCAGUCAAAACAUUUCCUAAAGAUGAUAGCAAAAACUGCAAGACUAUGCUCUUCAGUCAGGAUGGCCAAUACUUUGCAUGGUCUAAUUCAUCAAAGGUUAAAAUUGUGCUUUGCAAAACAUGGCAGACUGUUGUGGAAAUUCAACGACCCAAAAUCUGUGCUCUUAAAUUUUCCAGUUAUAGCACUUAUCUUGCAACUUGGGAACCAUCCUUUGUAACAAAAGAGGAACCUCAGGGAUCACAAAAUUUCCACAUAUGGAAGACCGAAAAUGGUGAACCAGUUCAACAUCUCAUUCAAAAGAGAAUGAUGGAUUGGGAGCCACAGUGGUCAAGUGACGAAACAUUCUAUGGAAUAUUAAAGGGAGGAAAUGUUCUUUUAUAUGAAAAUAAUAACUUUGAUAGAUAUGUACACAAAAUAAGUAAAGGCAACAUUGCCAAAUUUAGUAUAGCACCUGGUAGUGCUCCAUAUCAUAUCCUCUGUCAUAUGCCAGGAAGCUCUGGUCAACCUUCUUUUGGAAGAUUAUUUAAAUAUCCAAAGUUUGAGAUUGCAGAAGCGAUUGCAAGCAAAAGUUUUUUCCAAGCAGACAAGGUUGAUAUGUAUUGGAAUCAAUGUGGAACAAAUGUCUUAUUGAUGACAAAUACAGAAGUUGACAAAACUGGUGCAUCAUAUUAUGGGAAACAAACAUUGCAUCAUCUCAACACAAAGGGCGAAACUGCUAUGGUUAUGCUCAGUAAAGAAGGUCCAAUACAUGCAGUAGAAUGGUCUCCUAGGAAUACAGAAUUCUGUGUGAUAUAUGGCUUUAUGCCAUCUAAAACAACAUUGUUUAAUUGCAAAUGCGAAGCUGUUUUUGAAUUUGGCAUGUUGUAUAGAAACAGUAUAUAUUAUAAUCCACAUGGCAACAUAUUGCUUUUGGCUGGAUUUGGUAAUCUUAGAAGCGGUAUUGAAUUAUGGGAUGUCAUUAACAGAAAACUUAUUGCUAAAGCUGACGCACCAGAUACUACACUGCUGCAGUGGUCACCAGAUGGUGAACAUUUCAUGACUGCAACUACAGCACCUAGAUUACGAAUUACCAAUGGCUUUAAAAUUUGGCAUUAUACCGGGUCGCUAAUUUAUCAACGACCAUGGAAUAACCAAGAAGAACUUUGGGAAGUGUUGUGGCAAAGUUUCCCUUUGAAUGUUUUUUCACAGAAACCUAUUAGUUACAAAGCGGUUGAGGGUAUUAUCACUAAUCUUAAAGAGUCACAAAAACCAAAAGAAGCAUAUAGACCACCGUGUGCCAGAGGACAAAAUAUUACAUUUAAAUUGCAUGAUGAUAUUGAAAUGCCUUCUAAGUCAACUGAAUCAAAUCCAUCCAAAGCUGCAUUGAAAAUGAAGAAAAAUCGGGAAGCAAAGAAAGCUAAAAAAGAACUGGAGUCUAACAAUCCUACUGUUACUGAACAUGUUACAAAUAUUACAACAAGCACCAAAAUAGAAUUAACUGACGAUCCUGAAAAAAAUAAAAAAAUAAAGAAAGUAACAAGCAAAUUAGAUCAAAUUUCUAAAUUGAAAGAGCAGUUGAAAGCGGGAAAACAGUUAGAAAUCAAUCAAUUAGACAAGAUUAAAAAGGAAGAUGAAUUGCUGAAAGAACUUGAAGAGCUUACUUUAUGAUAAAUCAUCCAGAUGUUAAAUGGAAUUGACUAUCUACAAAGCUAAAAUAGCUUUUUUUUAAAAAAAAGAGAAAACGAUUGCAAGAAAUAUUUACAGACGAAAAUCAAAUUCUUCAUCUUUACAACUUGAAAAAGCAGUAAGAUUGUAUUAUGAGAAAUUUAAGAUAACAUCAAGACCGUAUCUCUUUCGUCAGUUAUCAACUGAUAAUUAAUCCAAGAAUUGUGUUCUUAUCAAUAAAUAAGAAUAUAUAAUUAUAUUAGUUUUAAUCAGCAGAUAACACUGUAUAAUACUAUAAUAUACUUAGUAUUAUUAAAAGAUUACUUAUGUAUUUGUUGAUUUUACUAAUACAAAUUGAGAGAUGAUGAUAGAGAUAGUUGCAGUGUUUACUACCAAUGUUAAUCAAAUCUAAAUUAUUGCAUUUGAAAUAAUCAUUAUCAAAUUAAUGAAAGCUCCUUAUUAACUAGUUGAACAACUCUGAUUGAAAAUUUAUCAGAUUCUUUUCUAACAGAAAUGUGUUUCUGACAGUAUGAGAAUAUUUUACUAUUCUUAUAAUUUGUUCUCUGUUUUAUCUUUUUCUACGAGAAAUUUAGAAUUUUCGAAAUCUUAUCCAACGUGUAUUUAUAGUGCAGUAGUAGAAUUUACAUUUAAAUAUCUUGUUAUUCUGUGCAUUCACAAUAACAUUAUCUAAUACAAUGUUAUCUUUUGCAAUCGAAAAUUGUAUUGAUUAGAUCAAUUAGAAAUUAAAAAAAAGAAACUUUUUGUAUAUUUAAAAUUUAUACAUUUAAAAUUUGUUUGGACAUGUUAUUGUUUUGAUUAUGUUCUACGCCUUCUAUUUGUUUUUCUCACAAUAUUUUUAGAUAAUUCAAAUUACAAUCUUUUUGUAUUAUAUCAAAAGAUUGGGGUAUAAAUUUUUCUUGUAAUUUUCAAUACAUCUAUGGAUAUAGAUAUAAUUAAUGUAACAUAUUAUUAAGAAUAAAUAAAGCAUUAGAAGAUUUUUUCAAAAUGACAAGAUCUGUUAAGAUGAAUGAACUGCAUUUAACGAAUAUAUAAGAACGACGAAAAAUAUUGAUAAAAUUAUGAUGUAUACAGGAAGGUAAUUACGAAUGUUAUGUACAGUUAGAUGGGAUUUAUGAAAAUAAAUUCUUAAAGAAAUUGUA